UUGUAGAUCGGGAUUUCCAGAGGCUCUCGUCCGCGGUAGCUCACGUCGGGUUAGUGUGAAGGACGCUUAUCCCACCACUUGGACCGGUUCGUCGGCUCUUUGCGUGGACUCUAGAAGCUUAUGGACAGCUUUGAUAAUCUCAGCGCCUCGGAGAAGGCAGAAGCGUCGGAGCUUCAGAAGAUGAUCGCGAUAGAGCAGCAGAAGGCCCAGUUCCAGGCUCAGGUGCACAGUUUCACAGACGUGUGCUGGGACAAGUGUGUGGAUAGCCCAGGCUCCAAGCUGGACUACCGGACAGAGACAUGUCUGCAGAACUGUGUGGAGAGGUUCAUUGACACCACCCUAACCAUCACCAACCGCUUCACACAGAUGGUGCAGAAGGGCACUCACUGAUCAUGGACCUGACCCAGAAGGAUGAUUUGCUCACAAGACACUCGUGUUGUAUUAGCUGAUGGGAGAGGACCACAUGUUUCAGGCUCUGGAGAUGUGGGAUGAAGUCUCUCAUGUUUCUGGAUGUCAAUCAGUUUGUAAACUGCACAUAAUCGAUGUUCUGGUGUGAAAUCCUUGCAAGUUGUCAAAGGUUUGACAAGGGUUCUGAUAGAAUCCAGUGGUCUUAAAUGAUAUUAAAAUCUUUCAGUAUUGUG